AUGUAAUUCUUUAGGUGCACUUAUCUAGGUCAUGAAAAUGAAGAAAUAAUAGGAUUUUGCUUAAAUUAGACUUGCUAAAAUGCAACUUAAUACUGCUAUGAGUGCUUAAGUAACACUCAUUCAGAUCAUUUGAAUGACUGCAUUCGAUUUGCCAUAAUUAGCAAAUAUAUUAAUUAAUUCAUACAAAUCUAAAGAGAACAAACAAAAUAAUUUAAAGAAAUCUAAAAUGAAUUGACUAACUGUUUUGAAUAAAUUUUUAAAAAAAUUGAUCAAAAUAACAAAAUUUUAGAAAGUAUGAAUCAAAAGCUUUAAAACAAAGAAUUCUUAUCUUUCAAGUCGUAGAUAAAUAUAUUAAAACUGCACUACUCAAAGGAAAAAGAAAAAUAAAUAUGUAUUAAUUUUAUUUUUAUAUAUUAUAGAAGAAUAGAUAACAUAAUUGAAUAAUAUUAAUAGUGCAAUCAAGAUUAUACUCAGAGAUUUAAUAAAAUGGUAUGAUCAAAUCAUUUCAGGAAAUAUAAAUAAAACUAAAAUUGAAGAAGUUAAUAGGAUCAGUUAAGUGCAAAAUCAACAAAGAAUGUAAGAGGCUAAAAGAUUAUUUAUAUAAGGUAAAAUAAAUUUAAACAUAAACUAGGUUAAAAAUUAGUUAACGAGGGUAAGUUUAAAGAGGCUUUGAUUAAAUUUGAUGAAUCAAUAAAAUAAUUUAAUUAGGAUUACAUUAUUUAUGUGUGGAAAGGUAACUUAUUUAAUAUUAAGAGUACAAAAGGAUUUGCAUUAGAUAGUUUAAGUAAUUUCUAAGAAGCUAUUAAUUGUUACGAUAAGGCUAUUGAAAUUAAUCCUAAUCAUGAUAAUGCUUGGAAUAACAAAGGUAAUAGAUGUUUAAUAUUAUUUAGGUUGGGCAUUAAAUUGUUUAAAUAAAUUCUAAGAAGCUAUUUAUUGUUAUGACAAAGCAAUUGAAAUAAAUCCUAACCAUGAUUAUGCAUGGAAUAAUAAGGGUAAUAUAAUAUAUAAUUAUUAUUUAGGUUUAGCAUUAAACAAUCUAAACAGAUAUUAAGAGGCUAUUGAGUGUUUAGACAAAGCUAUAUAGAUUGAUUCUUAAGAUGAUUAUGCAUGGAAUAAUAAAGGUAAUUUAGUAUUAAAUAUUAUUAUUUAGGAUUUGCGUUACGGAAAUUAAAUAGAUUCUAAGAAGCACUCGAAUGUUAUGAAAGAGCUAAUGAGAUCAAUCCUAAUCAAGAUAGUGCAUGGAAUAAUAAGGGUAAAUAUUGUUUAAUAUAAUGAUUUAGGUUUUGCGUUAAAGAAAAUGAAUAGAUUCUAAGAAGCUGUUGAGUGUUACGAUAAAGCUAUUUAAAUUAACUCUAAAAAUGAUAUGGCUUGGAAUAACAAGGGUAUUAAAAUAAUAAAAUUAUUAUUUAGGGUCAGCUUUAAAUAAUUUAAAUAGAUUCUAAGAAGCUAUUGAGAGUUUAGACUAAUCUAUUUAAAUUAAUUCUAAAAAUAAUUUUGCAUUUGAAAAUAAAGGUAAUAUAAAUAAUUAUUCAGGCUUUGCACUACAUCAAUUAAAAGAAUAUCAGAAGGCAAUAGAAUGUUAUGAUCUAGAUCUUUCUCUCCAUGUAAAACCUGUAACUUUGAAAUUAAAAGGUAAAACAUCAAAUAAUAUUAUAUCAGCUGAUGCACUAUUAGAAUUAGGAAAGAAAUCUGAAGCAAAAAAACUUUAUUAAACUGCAUUGCAAAAAGGAUCUAAUGAAAAGGAUUAUAUAAAGAAACAAUUAUCAAAAUUAUGA